GGUUGUCAGUCCGCCCCCCGGGGAGUGAUCGGCGCUCGGGCGGGCGGCUGUGCGGGAUGGAGGGAGCGGGAGGGAGCCCCGGCCCCAGGCCCAGGCCUCCCCCCCGGGGCCCGUUCUUUGCCUGCCGCUGCUUUCACACCGACAACAUCUUCCUGGAAGAUUUCAGGCUCCAUGUCCGCUCGACGGACCCGCAGCUCGAAUCUGUUUUAAGAAGCAAGGGAUGCAAGACUGAAGAGCAAUUCAGAAAAGUUCAAGCUAAGAUCGAUGAAGAAGUUCAGAGAAGAAAGUUGCUCCAUCAGAAAAGUUUGGAGAGAAGAAACAUUAUUUCAGCGUGUUACAAACCACUGAACCCUGACGUCUAUGUUUUACAGGAAUCAUUCCUUGCUCCGGAAUUCCGUGAAGUAGUUGCCUAUUGCAGAAGUGAGGAUGCUGACUUUGAAGGAUUGCUGGACCACAUUCACUCACUGCCAGCUGAGAGAGUCUAUUCAAUCCCAGUGUUCACUGAGGAAUUCUGUGGCCUGUUGAUUGGAGAGCUGGAAAAUUUUGAACAGUCUGAAAUGCCAAAAGGCAGACCCAACACCAUGAACAACUAUGGGGUGCUUCUAAAUGAACUUGGAUUUGAUGAAACUUUUAUUACUCCACUUCGUGAGGAUUAUCUUCAGCCAAUCACAUCACUUCUCUACCCAGACUAUGGAGGUUGCUGUUUGGACAGUCACAAAGUGUUUGUUGUGAAAUAUGCUGUAAAUCAGGACCGGGAUUUAAGUUUCCAUUACGACAACGCUGAAGUUACUCUCAAUGUGUCACUUGGGAAAGAUUUUAGUGAAGGAAACCUCUACUUUGGAGACAUGAGACAGGUUCCAAUGAAUGAGAGAGAGUGUGUUGAGAUUGAGCACAGAGUGAGUUACGGAUUGCUCCAUCGAGGCCAACACUGUCAUGGAGCUUUACCCAUCUCUUCAGGCGAGCGCUGGAAUCUCAUCGUAUGGAUGCGGUCGUCUCCAGUUCGUAAUGAACUCUGCCCAAUGUGUAACAGGAAGCCAGAGUUAGUGGAGGCAUCUGGAUUUGGGGAUGGUUUCACUUCUGAGCUACCAGACGUCUGGCAGGAGCAUCAAGAGACAGUCAGUGUCUGUACCUUGUGUUAAUAAGUUGUUAGCAAUGUUAGGUAUGUUCCUACAAUGCACAAGGUUGAGGUUCAGCCUUCAGCCUCAGCUGAGACUCUUAUAAUUGAAAAAUUGUAGAAAACAUUCAUCUCAGUUCUUUAUUUUAAGCAGCACACGUGUGUGUGUACGUGCGUAUGUCGUGUGUGUCUGUGUAUAUGUUUGAUUCACAGGUGCGCAGCACACCCAUCUCCAGGCAAUGUCUAGCUUCCCUGCCCCAUCAACACUCCAUGUGCUGAACAUUUUGAAGAUGAGAUAAUUGAUUAUGAUUUGCCAUUCACCCAGCAAGGUGAUGUGACAAUGUCUGAUUCUUUGGCACCUGGAAUUCACUCUUAAUGUUCUAGUGAAAUGUAAAUCUAGUCUGGAGGACAGGAGAUGAAGACAGGAAUUAGAUACCAGUUAAGUAAAUUACAAAUCUUCAGAAGAUCUAGUGUGGUACUUUCAUGUUGCCACUGGGAUUUUGGUUUCCUCCAAUGACCUUGUUAAAAUAUCCAACCAAUUGUUGUUGAGCAAAUGUAAAAUCAUUUUAAAAUUAGGUGUUUACCUUAUAUGACAUCUGAUGAAAAUUGUUAGUGCUGACAAUGCAAUGCUUCAGAAUGUCAUUCUCUUUGAUUGCAAGUUGUGAGAUUGAUUUAUUGAUAAAUCUGAUUGAAUAAAGAUUUAAUAAAGAAA